GCACUCACUUUACCUACUACAACUCUUUAUUCAAUCGUAAACAUUAUCUUCAUCAAUUAUCAAAUCAUGGAUUCUCCUUUAUUGGGACCCCAUCACCAUGUUUCUACCAAUCGCAAGAUUUUUCUAUGUUUCCUUCUCCUCUUUGUUGCAUACAACAUUAUUGGACUAGCAGUAAGAGGCAACAUAAAUUUUGGAUAUAAUGAUGGAAAAACAGACUAUAAGGGACAAGUUAUUGAAUCGGAAAUCGGAGUUGUUGCGGCCGAUGAUGUUCGGUGUUCGGCUAUUGGUGUUUCAAUGCUUAGGCUUGGGGGGCAUGCUGUUGAUGCUGCAGUGGCCGCUGCGUUAUGCAUUGGCGUUGUUUUACAGGUUUCGAGUGGCAUAGGAGGUGGUUCUUUCAUGGUUGUGAAAUCAUCUUCUAGCUCUAAUGCACAAGCUUAUGACAUGAGAGAAACUGCUCCUAUUGCUGCUUCACAGAAUAUGUAUCAGGGAAAUCCCAAAGCUAAGUACUUAGGUGCCUUGUCAAUGGGAGUUCCUGGUGAGUUAGCUGGCCUUCAUGCAGCAUGGUUGAAACAUGGUAGAUUGCCAUGGAAGGCAUUAUUCCAACCGGCUAUAGAACUUGCGAAAAAUGGUUUCGUAGUGUCUCCUGCUCUCGGCGAUUACAUAGCUACAUCUAAAAAUAAGAUAAUGAGUGAUCCCGGGUUAAGAAAUAUAUACGCGCCUAAUGGAAUUUUGAUCAAAGAAGGCGAGAUAUGUAGAAAUGAGGAACUUGGACUAACUUUGGAGAUAGUGGCAGAGGAAGGGAUACAAGCUUUCUAUAAUGGAACCAUUGGUGAGAAGUUAGUAAAAGAUGUUAGAGAACUUGGUGGUAUUUUAACAAUGGAGGAUUUGCGAAAUUACAAGGUGGAAACUACCGAUGCAAUGGUUGUGAACGCGAUGGGAUACACCUUACAUGGAAUGCCACCUCCUUCGAGUGGAACACUUGGUCUUUCUUUGGUCCUAAACAUCUUGGAUAGUUAUGGAAGUCUUGAUGCUGCAAAGGGAAAUUUGGGUAUACAUAGAGUACUAGAAGCUUUGAAACAUAUGUUUGCUAUCCGAAUGAAUUUGGGUGACCCGAACUUUGAAAACGUUAGUGAAACUGUAUCCGAAAUGCUUUCGCCGUCUUUUGCACAAACAAUUCAGCGCCGGAUACUUGAUAACACUACUUUCCCUCCAGAGUACUAUAUGGAAAGGUGGAGCCAACUUAGAGAUCACGGAACAAGCCAUUUGUGUGUUGUAGAUGCUGAUAGAAACGCGGUAUCACUGACAACGACUGUAAACAAAUAUUUUGGAGCUGGGAUUCGUUCAACGUCAACUGGUAUUGUGAUCAAUGAUGAAAUGGACGAUUUCUCUAUACCGACUGAUACAUCCCCCGGUGAACUACCUCCGUCUCCAACAAAUUUUAUCGAACCAAACAAAAGGCCACUGUCUUCCAUGACUCCUAUUAUCAUCACAAAGGAUGAUCAAUUGGUCGGGGUAAUUGGAGGAAGCGGCGGAAUGCGAAUUAUUCCAGGGGUGACUCAAGUCUUUCUCAAUCAUUUCAUCUUAGGAAUGAAGCCUUUAGACGCAGUUCUGAGACCAAGGGUCUAUACCAAGCUAUUACCGGAUACAGUUUUGUUCGAGAACUUGACUGCUUAUGAUGGUGAUCAUAUUGAGCUUUCCGAAGAAAGUAGGCUUUUCCUAAAAAAGAGAGGCCAUGAACUGGAAGCAUGUGAAGUUGAAGCUGUUACUCAGCUUAUUGUUCAUACUCCCAAAACACCUAUUAGCAUUCAUAGGAAACUUGGUCAGAACGCCAAUUCACAUGCAAAGUAUGGCACUCUAACAGCAGUAAGUGAUCCGAGAAAGGGUGGUCGUCCGGCUGCUGUUUAAAUAAAAUCGAUCAAUUCAUAUCGAAAUUUGUAAAAUUCAAAAUGUCAAUAUAGAUAACUCAUUGGUUUUACCAGAACAUUGGUCCAGCCAUUGUUACAAUGCAUAUAUGAUAUACAUGUACAGUGCUUUGCUUGGCUGCAUAGACUUUCACUUCUAUUUUGUUUUUGCUUUAGAAAUCAACACUCACAGGUUAUUGGUUUUUUAUUGGAUGAUUUGAAGUUGUACUUAAGGAAAUACUCAAAACAACUAUUAAUUGAUAAGAAGGUUUCAAUAUCUAUUAAUUCUAGAUCUAGGGUUCUACAAAAACAAACACAAAAUUAAGAGAAUGAUAGAAGAUCGAGUAUUGUUCGCCGUCAAUUGACAAUGAAGGGAAGAUUGAGUUCAUCAACUUUGAACGGAAGACAAAUGCAUCUUUAAGGACUAUGUGGAAUAGUUUUUCUGUUUAGAAACAAAAGUUUCGAACAAGGUGAAUGCAACGAUUUCGAGAUCGGUUGAAGAUAUUAUGAAGAUGUUGCAACGUCCAUCUGAAUAUUGA